AAAAUAAAAUGGUAGACUUGAUUAAGCCUAACCUAACAAUAAUCACAUUAAAUGUAAAUGGUCUAGAGCUCUUGUUCUCUCGAUUCAUCCUCCACCCUAGCCCCAGCCCUGGCCUGGCCCCAGCCCCAGCCCCAGCCCCAGCCACCCACCCACCAUGGAGAAGGCAGAGCUGGCCCAGCAGGCCAAGCAGUAUGACAACAUGGCCACCUACACGAAGGCCAUGACCAAGUGGGGCACCCAGCUGUCCAGCAAGGAGCGCAAUCUGCUCUCAGUGGCCUACAAGUAUGGGGUCAGGGACUACAGGUCCACCUGGAAGGACAUUUUGAGCACUGAGCAGGAAACUGACACCUCCGAUAUGAAGCUGCUACUGAUUAAGUACCAUAGGGAGAAAGUGGAGUCUGAGCUGAGAUCCACCUGCCCCAUGGUCUUGGAAUUUUUGGAUACACCAUGGUCUUGGAAUUUUUGGAUAAGUAUUAUAUUCAAUAGCCAAUGCAACUAAUCCAGAGAGAACCAUCUUCUAUCUGAAAGUAAAGGGGGAUUACUUCCAGUAUCUUGCUGAAGUUGCAUGUGGUAAUGAUCAAAAACAGAAGGUAGGUCAGGUACAGUGGCUCAUGCCUAUAAUCCUAGCACUUUGGGAGGCCGAGGUGGGUGAAUCACCUGAGGUCAGGAGUUCGAGGCCAGCCUGGCCA